GUGGACCACCGAACUCAACGCGCGUGUACUUGUGUAAUUUCGCAUCGGUAUAAAAAUCCCUUGAAACAUAGAUCACAGCAUCAGUUUCUUUGCAGAAAGAAUCAAACAAACACAAUGUACAAAUUCGUAGUUUUCGCCGCCGCUUUGGCCUACGCCAACGCCGGUCUUAUCGGAGCCCCCGCCGUGGCUUACUCCGCCGCUCCAGCUGUCAGCAGCUCUUACAUCCACCAAGCCGCCCCUGUCGUAGCUGCUGCUCCCGUCGCUUACGCUCACGCCGCCCCCGUCGCUUACACUCACGCCGCUCCCGUCGCUAUCCACGCCCCAGCCGUCGGUGCUUCCCACCAAAGCGUCGUCCGCUCCCUUGGAGGCAACCAAGCCGUGUCAACCUACUCCAAAGCCGUCGACAGUGCCUUCUCCAGCGUUCGCAAAUACGACACUCGCAUCACCAAUGAUGCUCUCGCUGUAGCUCACGCUCCAGUUGCUGUAGCUCACGCUGCUCCCGUUGUCUCUACCUACGCUCACGCCGCCCCAGUUGUAUCCACUUAUGCUCAUGCCCCAGUUGCCACCUAUGCUGCUCAUGCCCCAGUUGCCACCUAUGCUGCUCAUGCCCCAGUUGCCACCUAUGCUGCUCAUGCCCCAGUUGCCACUUAUGCUGCUCAUGCCCCAGUUGUUGCCACCAAAACCGCAGCGGUUGCCUACUCCCCAGCUGCCGUUGUAUCUCAUGCCACUUUCUCCGGUUUCGGAGCUUCCUAUGCCUGGUAAGCCAAGACCUGACUGCGAUUUGUACAGAUAGUUUUAAUGUUAUUUAUUUAUGAAAAAUAAAUAAAAAUAUAAAAAUA